AUGGGCUCUGAUUGCUGUGCCCCUGCAACCGCCGAGUCUGCCCCAGCGGUGCCUCUGGAAGCACUUGUUUGCCGCAGCUCGUGCUGCGUCGACUCUGCCAACAACGCUCCCGCAACGGACACCAGCAAGAACAAAGACAAGGACAAGGACAAUUCUCCCGACUGCUGCGCCGGAAAAACAAGUCCAUGCUGCGAUACCUCUUGCCUUGAUCGCCUCGCCGUGCGCGAGUGCGAGGGCGGCGGCCCUGACACCUGCAACGGAGUAAUCGACGGCAAGGCCUGCCCCAAACACAGCACCUCCGUCCUCGACCGCUACAGCAUCACCCUCAGCACCCUCGGAUGCAUCUGCCGCGCCCUGAUUGCCCUCGGCGAGGAGACGUGCUGCGAUGUCCGCGAUCGCCACUCCAGCUACAGCGGCAGCGGUGGCGGAAGGCGCAGCAAACCGUAUUCUGGAGGCUCCUCCCGCUCGUCUCUCGAGUCCUUUGGCAGCAGCAGCGGCAUCACCAAGGAACAUGCCGCGCAGAAUCGCCACCGGCUUCGCGGUAAGGGUUCGGGCAACGGCACCGCCAGGCCGACUGCGGCACCCCCCAAGCCAGCCUGUGGGGCGUCUUGCUGCUCGCCUACCGUGGCACCGCCAACGAUUUCGGUGACUCGUAAGGGCAAAGAGAAGGCCUCGUCUUGCUGCGGCAAGCCGAGCGGUGGUUGCUCGGCGGGCGCUGGACCCUGCUGCGGACUCGCCUCGUCCGCGAAUGAACCGUCGUCUUGCUGCGACGCCCCGGUCGCUCUUGGAAAGAAAUUUCCCGCUGGUUAUUGCGAGAAGCCUGCUGAAAGUGUCAACAUCUCGGCAGAUUCAUGCGAUGGAAAGCUGGCCAAGGAAACCGCUGUCGCUGGAGACACUUGCAACAAGCCAGCGGCCAACAAGGCACGCGAAAACGCUGGAUCUUGCUCCGAGCCAGAAGCUUCUAAACAGGAACCAGCCGUCGAUUCCGGCAGCUGCGCAGCCUCAUGCUGCGGAAAUGUUUCUGCCGCAGCAGAGAGUUGUGCGGACUCCUGCUGUGAUACACCUGCCACGGUGGGCAACCCUGACACUGAGGCUGGCCUUGUAGCCGUUGCCGAUGUUGAAGACCAGGGACACGGCAGAGAGCAUGUCAUCCUCAGCGUCUCUGGAAUGACUUGCACCGGUUGCGAGACGAAACUCAGUCGGACUCUAGCUAGCUUCCUGGCCGUCAAGGAUCUUAAAACGAGUCUCGUUCUCUCGCGUGCCGAAUUCAAUCUUGAUCUUCGCCUCGGCUCGGUGGCCGAAGUGAUCAAGCACCUGGAGCGAACUACCGAGUUUAAAUGCGAGCGAAUUCAAAACCAGGGAUUCAGUCUCGAUUUGAUUGUCCCCGACGGCGAGGCAGCCAAGUUCAUCAACCAGACUUGGCCGGAUGGGAUCAUCGACAUAACCACCGUCGACAAGCAGACUGUGCGCGUCACGUUUGACCCCAAGAUUGUGGGCGCCAGAGACCUUGCGGCAAGAGCCUGGGGAGAGCCGCUUAGCCUUGCACCUCCGCGCGGCGAUGCUUCGCUUGAAGCGGGUGGUAAACACGUCAAGCACAUGGGAUGGAUGACACUUCUUUCUGCAAUUCUGACAAUUCCGGUCCUCGUCAUGACUUGGGCACCGCUGCCGAAGAACGAUAUCGCCUACGCCUCUGCCUCGCUUGCUUUGGCCACUGUUGUCCAAGUCGUUAUUGGUGGCCCUUUUUAUCCGAAGGCCCUCAAAGCUCUCGUCUUUUCCCGUGUCAUCGAAAUGGAUUUGCUCAUUGUCCUGAGCACUAGCGCUGCCUACGUCUUCUCCGUUGUCUCUUUCGGAUACCUCAUCGCAGGUAGACCGCUUUCUACCGGCCAGUUCUUUGAGACCAGCACGCUUCUCGUCACACUCAUCAUGGUUGGGCGAUGGGUUGCGGCGCUGGCUCGCCAGAGGGCCGUCGAAACCAUUUCCCUCGAGACCUUGCAAGCUUUGACCGCCGUUCUUGUUGAUAAUGGUGUUGAGCGUGAGAUUGACGUCCGUCUGCUUCAGUAUGGCGACGUAUUUAAGGUCCUUCCGGAUACUAAAAUUCCGACUGACGGUACUGUCAUUUCUGGCUCCUCAGAGACCGACGAGUCCAUGCUCACGGGCGAAUCCAAGCCGGUCAAAAAACACCCCAAAUCCGCGGUCAUUGCCGGCUCCAUCAAUGGCCCUGGUGUCUUGACUGUUCGGCUCGAUCGCCUCCCCUGCGACAACACGAUCAAUACGAUUGCGGCCAUGGUCAACGAAGCGAAGUUGUCUAAGCCAAAGCUGCAAAGCCUCGCUGACCAGGUCGCGUGCUACUUUGUUCCCGUCGUAGUGACCUUGACCAUCAUCACCUUUGUCAUCUGGGUUACCGUAGGUACCGCUGUCCGCCACCAAAACGGCUCGGAGGGUGCUAUUCAAGCCAUCACUUACGCGAUUACGGUCCUCAUUGUCUCUUGCCCCUGCGCUAUUGGCCUGGCUGUCCCCAUGGUCGUUGUUAUUUCCAGCGGUGUUGCUGCGAAAAAUGGUAUCAUCUUCAAAUCUGCAGAUGCGAUUGAAGUUGGCUAUAAGACCUCCCAUGUGGUGUUUGACAAAACGGGAACUUUGACACGCGGAAAGCUAUCAGUGACGGCAGGGCAGUGCUUGGAUGACAGCAAACUGGCUCUUCUCCUCGGCCUCGUACAGAACAGCAGACAUCCUGUCUCUAUUGCUGUCGCGACCCAUCUCAAAGCCAACGGUGUAACGGCAUCCGCUGUUCCUGAGGCAAAGAGCCUCACGGGGAAAGGCGUCGAGACGCUCGCUGGCGACCAGAUGCUCCAAGCUGGUAACUCUCGGUGGCUCAAUUUUUCCAAUCACGAUCUUGUUCAGCCAAUGCUCGCAAAUGGCUACACCGUGUUUUGCUUUGCUAUUGAUGGCACCUUGACCGCAGCGUAUGGUCUCGAAGAUGAGCUGCGUCCCGACGCUUCUUCCACCGUCCAGGCCCUCAAGAAGCGCAACAUCACCGUGCACCUCGUCUCAGGCGACGACGAUGGCGCCGUCCAGGUAUGCGCGGCCAAACUCAACAUUCCGGCCGCCAACGUCUUCUCCCGCAGCACGCCGGCAGAGAAGGGCGAGUACGUCAAGAAGCUCAGCUCGGUCAUCUUUUGCGGCGACGGCACCAACGACGCCGUCGCCCUGGCUGCGGCUACGAUUGGCGUGCACAUGAAUCAGCAGGGCGGCGCCGACGUUGCACAAUCGGCCGCGGACGUGGUUCUGAUGAGGCCGCAUCUGGCGGGCAUCCUGGCCAUCAUGAAGGUCAGUCGGAUGUCGGUCCGUCGGAUCUGGUUCAACUUCGCGUGGAGCUUCGUGUACAACACUUUUGCCGUGCUGCUCGCCGCGGGCGCGUUUGUGCAUGCCAGGAUCCCACCGGAGUUUGCCGGGCUGGGCGAGCUCGUCAGCGUCUUGCCGGUCAUUGCUGCUUCCGUGUUGUUGCUGUGGGCGGACAUCUAG